AUGACUUCUUCUACUAAUGGAAUCAGCAAAUCUGGAGUAAGCACGGCUACUCGGGAUCCACUUCCCAGGUCGCAGUCUCAGCCAAAAACGGCUACAGUAACAAGGCAUGUAUACGAAGUGGAAACGCUUACCCAUGAGGAAAUUGUUAAGGGCCGUGACAGAAAAGAUCCUACAGGGACAACGAGGAAAAUCAGCCCUUCCACGAGAAGCACUCGCGAAACUACCAUUGAUGAUCCGUACUACCCACCUGUAGUAUAUCGCAAUGGAACUCCGAACACUGGAAGGCACUCCUCGUACGAAAUGCGUCCCAAGACAUCCGCUUCAAGUCUAACGAAUCCAAGAAAAACACCGGUGGAGACGUUGAUUGAUUUCCGUGCCGAAGGGGGACCAUCGGGAGCGUCUGUUCAACCCGAUCCAGUUCCAUACUUCUCUUUAAAGCGAUCUCAUUCGGCCGAUCGUGUCGAUACGAUCCCUUCGUCGGGCAAAAGAGAAUUCGUCGUCGCUUUACGAAAAAAUCCAGAGUAUAAUCGGAAUAACCAGCAGUACCAAGAUGUGCCGUCCUUCCAUACCGGCAAUGGAACCAGUCCAGCACGCGAUUCUGCAAAUCAGGCCGUCAUUUCAGGGACAAAUGUGCACCUUUCAAAUAAUGCCCCAAGGUUUCCACCAGUACAGGUUGAACAGCAAAGCAGAGGUGAACCGUUCAGAGAAAGGGAUGGUAUGAAGCAAGGAUAUGAUCCGAGCUACUCACAGUUCUACGAUCGUCCAACUGGAGCUAUCCCUCUAUAUGGCCAGCCUCCUAUUGAAGGUUCCUUGCCGCUCAUAUCAAAAACAAAAAUAUCUGUUGUAUUUAAUGUCUCCAAUAUUCAUCUUACGUUGUGUCCAUAA